CAAAAACUUCCCAACCCGUUGCAACAAAAGGAAGGCUCCAAGUCCUUCGCCGUCAAGUCUAUUCUCACCCUUUUCGCUCUCUCGCUCUCUCUAUAGAUUUGUACUUGCUCCACCUACCAUUCAUCUCUCUUUCUCUCUCCUUCUCUCUCUCUCUCUCUCUCUCUCUCCAUCUUGUCUUGGCUAGGAGCAGUACUUCAUAAUGUUUGAUUUAGGGGACGAACUCAUAAUCGGUAGCCAAAGAAUACCAUGGCUAAUAUGGAUCCAACUCCUCGUAAUGCUCCUCCUCAUAAUUCUCCUCUAUUACUUCACCGUCUCCGCUCUAGGCUUAGAUCCUUCCCCCUCCGCCACCGCCACCGCCGCUGCAGCUUCUACUUCCACUGUUCUCCUCGCCUCCGGUAACGCUGCCGCCGCCAGUGCAAGCCAAGUACACAAUAUCAAGGUGGGUGAGGGCCACAGUAUUACGGACGAUAUGGGAACAAGCACAAGAAGAAGAAGAAUAAGAAGAGAAGACACCCAAGAGAGGGAUGGCAUUGCUUACCACCCUUGCCAUUAUUUUGGUCUCGCUAAACAAGCUUUUCUCAAGUGCUUGGGCUUUGAUCCCACCUCUAAAGAUUCUUCCAACUCACGUCACAGAAAAGAAGAAUAAUGUAUUCAGCUCUCUAGCUCGUCAGUUUGAUCAUUGAUGUAUACGUACAUAAUAUCUAGUUUGUCGAAAAAGUUACUCCAAGCGCCGAAAUAUUACUCUAGAAGAGUUGUACAUAUCGUAGGAAUGUCUUUCAUUUAUGAUUUUUGGAUAACUAUAAUAGGACCUAUGUAUAUGGAAGGGAAUGUCAUACUAGUGCGCAACCUAAGUUAUGUGAGUUCCCCUGGUAUUCACUGUAUUUUGGAUUUCCCAAAACAGUCCCUUCGUGUAAUUCUGAAACACAACAAUCUGUCCUCA